UCAUCGCUGACGGCUGCGUGGCAGAGAAACAGAGAGCUUGGCAGAGACUAGAGAGGAGGAACGAGCUCGAAUACCGAAGACCAGAAUUCGUGAAGCUAGGGAAGUAUGAGUGGAUCACCUGGAACAAAGUCGAUGGAGGUAAAGCCAUCAAUCAAUUUGAGUGGUACAGCCAAGGAUGCAAAAGAAGCACCACCACUUGGCCUGGUUGAUAUAGGUGAAAGUCAGCGUGCUUACAUUUUUCGGGUUUCCCUACCUGGUGUCUGUAAACCUCAAUGCAAUGUAAAGCUCGAUGUGCGUGUUGAUGGGAGAGUUGAAAUCGAAGGACUUGUCCAAGACAGCGACUUUUUUACCAAUCAUGCCAGCAACAAGUACAAGCCCAAGGUCCAAGAACUAGCCCCACCUGGAAACUUCAACGUCUCCUUUAACUUACCUGGACGUGUGGACCCCAGGUUGGUCUCACCAACUUUCCGGAACACCGGUAUACUUGAAGUAGUCGUGAUGAAACACACUUUACCCCACACUCAACCGGUUAACCCGGGUACCCCCGUCUCUACUCACCUCUAGUUUGUUACUUCUGUUUUCUUGGGACUCAAUUUUGAGUCAACUAUAUAUUAACGAGCCUGGUUUUAGUUGUAGAUGUAGUCGUAUGUUAUCUAUCCUUAUGACUAUGGUUGUUAUUGCUAUGUUGUAACAUUAACUUUGCUUUUUGCCGCAUUUCAGAUCAUCAUUGUCAAUGUUUCUGUGU